GAGACAGACCAACUUCGAAUUUGCAUCGGCGCGCGGAAUCAUCGAAGUGAAAUGUUUAGUAAGCUCGUGGUUCCCCUGUGCUUCGCCGCCGUGGCGGUGGAAGCCCAGCUUCGUCAAUUUCCGGUGCCGAGUCGACUCGUCUACGGACCCACAGUGCCCAUCGCGAAAGCCGCCCAAGAAUUGGCCUUGGGCUACGCCGCCUCGAUGCCUAACGGGAUCGUCACGAGUGCCCCGACGAGUUACGGAAGCCGAGUUUCCAAACUGUCUCGGCAUAGUGCUCCGAAUCCCACGCAUGGAGCCUACCCCGCGUCUCUCGCGGUGUCACGAGCUGCAUCACCGAUACUCUCGGUCCCGCGAUAUUCAGCGGCCCCAGUUUACCGACCCGCGUAUGCAGCACCCAUCGCGGCAGCUCCGCUCGUUGCGGCGCCCGCAUUUGCUCCAAAAGUCGCGCCCCAGUAUUAUGCUGCUGCAGUUCCAGAACAAGUAUAUGCCCCACAGUCGUAUUCUUUCGGAUACCAGUCUGUGGACGAGCACGGCAACCGUCAAUCAAGACAAGAGCAAGGCGACGCCAACAAUUUCAAGAAGGGCUCAUACUCGUUCACGGACGUUUACGGAAUCUCUCGCCGAGUCGACUACGUUGCGGAUCACGGCGGAUUCCGGGCAACUAUUAACACUAACGAGCCGGGAACAGCUCCUUCAGCUCCGGCAGCAGCUCUGUACACAGGACCCGUUGUUCAUAGGAAAGCCUAGGCGCGUUCGCGCAAUGUGUGAAAGGAUUAAGUCGGCUAAUAAACAUAUUUA